AUGGAUCACAACACCCGCGCGCCUCGCGCUGCCCAGCACCCCAUGGACACGGACAGGCUGGCCGCUGAAUUGACCGAGCAGUUCCGCCACGUCCUCAGCACCAAGCGCAUGAACGACCUCUCAUCACGAUCAUCGCAUUCCCGCGCAUCGUCACCAGCCCCCCGCGACUUUGGCUCCCCCCAGCCGCCGCCCUCGCAAGCCGCCCCGCCCGCCUACUCGUCCAUCAGGAACAUCCCCCUCGUCCCCGAGCCGCCACGCGAUGCCCGCUCGCUCCGCUUCAAGAACAUGCUGCACUCGCUGUCCAACAUGCCCGUGCGAUGGGAAAACCCCGGCCUCCUCGACGAGGCGCUCCGCGUCAUCCCCCUCGAGCAAAUCUACAACGAAGCCGAAGAAGAGAGCCAGAUCCUGCAGGCCGAGGCCGAGAGCAUGGGCGCCGGCAAGAAGGCCGCCUGGGGCUACCAGGACUGCGUCGUCCGCGCCCUGCUGCGCUGGUUCAAGCGCUCCUUCUUCUCAUGGGUCAACAACCCGCCCUGCUCGCGAUGCUACUCCCCCACGGUUGCCUACGGCAUCACUCCGCCACUGCCCGACGAGCAGGCCCGCGGCGCCAGCCAGGUCGAGGCCUACCGCUGCUCCAACGAAGCCUGCAAGAACUUUGAGCGUUUCCCCCGAUACAACGAUGCCUUUGUACUGCUCCAAACACGGCGAGGCCGAUGUGGCGAAUGGGCCAACUGCUUCAGCAUGCUUUGCCGCGCCGUUGGAUCACGGGUACGAUGGGUCUGGAAUGCUGAAGACCACGUUUGGACCGAGGUCUACUCGGUGCACCGCAAGCGAUGGGUCCACGUAGAUGCCUGCGAAGAGGCAUGGGACAAGCCCCGGCUGUACACUGAUGGCUGGGGCAAGAAGCUCUCGUACUGCAUUGCCUUCUCUGCAGAUGGUGCCAUGGACGUGACUCGACGAUAUGUCCGCGACGCCAAGCAUGCUGCCGAACGCAACCGCGCACCAGAGGCAGUCCUCCUCCACAUCAUGGACGAGAUCCGAGCAACACGGCGGAGCAACAUGUCCAAACAAGACAAGUUCCGCCUGCAGGGUGAGGACAUCCGCGAGGCCAAGGAGCUCCGCGCAGGCAUCAUCUCAUCAAUUGCACACGCCGUGUGCAAACUACGACCCGAAGACAUCAUCAACGGCCGGGUCACGCGCCGAUUAGACGCCGAUGCGCAAAAGGCAUUGGAAGGGCGCAUGAGCGGAAACUCGCAAUGGAUACGGUCACGUGGCGAGAACGGCCAGCAACCAAACCAGCAAGACCCUCGCAACCAACAAGACCCGCGGAACCAGCACCCACGCUGA